AUGACCACCCGAGUGGACCUACGCCUCCCACCACUCAAAUUCCUCAUCACCGGCGCCCUCUCCCUCGUCCUCCUGAUCCACCUCGUCACCCUCCACACGAGCGACACCUACGCCCGACAUGCCUCCAUAGAGUCGCUUAGAUCGAAGUUGGGACUGAGCUCGGAUGGCAUGCCGGUCGUUUGGAGAGGGGGUCAGGCGAGUCGGGUUGGUGGUGGAGCUGCGAAGACGGGAGGAGUGCAAGAGUGGGAGGGCGACGGCGCUUCGACGAACGCAACUCGCGCAAACGCCGCCUUUGUCCUUCUCGCCCGUAAUAGCGACGUUUGGGAUGUCCUCACAUCCGUGAAAGCGAUCGAAGACCGCUUCAACCGCCGCCACAACUACCCCUACGUCUUCCUGAACGACGAGCCCUUCUCUGACGAGUUCAAGCGGCACACAUCUGGCGUCGCAUCCGGCCCCUGCACCUACGGCCGAGUCCCGAAGGAACACUGGCUCGAGCCCGAAUGGAUCGACGAAGAGCGGGCUGCGGAGGCGAGGAAGAAGAUGGAGGAGCAGCAUGUGAUCUAUGGCGGGAACAAGAUUUAUCGCAGGAUGUGCAGGUUCUUCUCGGGCUUUGUACAUAAGCAUCCGCUUCUGAAGGACUACGACUACUACUGGCGGCUCGACCCGAAUGUCAAAUUCUACUGCGACUUCGAGAACGACCCCUUCUGGCUGAUGCAGGAGAAGAAGAAGAAGUACGGCUGGGUCGUCUCGCUGUACGAGUACAAGGAGACGAUUGAGACGCUUUGGCAGACUACGAAAGAGUUCAUCAACAAGAAUCCACACUACCUCGCCAAGCCGAACAACAUGAAAUGGAUCAGCAACGAUGACGGCGAGACCUACAACCGCUGCCACUUCUGGUCCAACUUCGAGAUUGCCGACCUCAACUGGCUUCGAAGCGAGGCUUACGAAAAGUAUUUCGAGCACUUGGAUCGGGCGGGAGGGUUCUCGUACGAGCGGUGGGGAGACGCGCCCGUGCAUUCGAUAGCGGCGGCGCUGUUCCUCAAGCCUGAGGAGGUGCACUACUUCAACGACGUCGGCUAUCGCCACGAGCCGUUCCAGCACUGUCCCAAGGAUCAGCCUAGGCUCUGUAGCUGUAAUCCCAACGACGCAAACAAUUUCGAGGACCACUGGUACUCGUGCACACCGCGGUGGAAGGAGCUGAACCCGGACUGGAAGACGCAGUGA